AUGGCUGUGCCAUCUCCACCUUGCCGCCCCCCUCGCGCGCUCCUCCUCUUGGUGCUGCUGCUCGCCGGGCUCCUGCUCCUGGCACCGCCCGUCCGGCCCGCCUGCGAGGGCACCCUCUGCGAAGGGGCCUUCUACCUGGCCCCCGACUGCGCCUGCACCCCCUGCCCCUCGGGCUGCACCUCCUGCACGGCCCCGAAAAGCACCGACCAGCCAGCCCCCUGCACUGCCUGCUCGCUGGGGCACUUCCACGACACCAGCGCCGGCGCCUGCCUCCCCUGCCAUCGGUCGUGCGCCGCCUGCACCUCGGCCUCCCGGUCGGAAUUCGAGUGUGCCGCCUGCUUCGCCCCGAAUGUCCUCUUCAAUGGCCACUGCGUGCCGGCCUGCCCCCCGGGCACGGCCCUGGCCCCGGGUCGGCAGUGCCUUCCCUGCUCCGGCGGCGGCCACUGCGCCGCCUGCCACCAUCUGGAUACCGGCUCCGAGGGGGAGGCCACCAUUUGCGACGCCUGCCAGCCGGGCUGGUACACCGACGAGCCCGAUGAGCAUGGCCACCAACCCCCAUGCACCCGUUGCCAUGUCAGCUGUGCCACAUGUGCCGGGCUCGGCCCCACCGCGUGCACUUCCUGUGUCGAUGGGCUCCUGCUGGACCCGGCCACCGGCCGCUGCGGGCGCCGCUGCCCCGAGGGAACCUCCCCCACCGAGGCGGCCGAGUGCGUGGCCUGCCCAGCCGGCUGCCUGGCCUGCCUCGAGCCGGGGACCCCGCAGGCCACCUGCACCGGCUGCCUGGAUGGCUGGUUCGCGGCUCCCCUGGCCCCUGGGCUCUUCGGCGUCGCGUGCGAUCCCUGCCCGGAGGACUGCUUGACAUGCUCCUCCGGGGCCGAGUGCGACCGGUGCACCGUCGGCCGGCGGCUUCUGCUGGGGGACUUUUCCUGCGCCCCGGAGGGCGACGCCUGCCCGGCGGCCGGCCAUGCUCCCAGCCCCCCCGAGAGCCCCCUCUGCCCGGCCUGCCAUCCGCUGUGCGACACAUGCUCCGGCCCGGGGCCCGGGGAUUGCCUCUCCUGCCGGGCGGGCCUGCUCCCGGCGAGCUCCUCCAUCACCGGCCCCUCUUUCGAGGGCGAAGACCCGGCCGCAUGCCACAGCCCCUGCGGGCCCUUCCUCGCCAGCCCCCCCUCCCCGGACUCGGCCAGCUCCGACUCCCAAGCACCGGCCCCCUGCAGUGCUUCGUGCGCGAGUGCCAGCUGCGAGGUGUGCACCGGCCCGCUCCCUGGCCAAUGCCUUCGCUGUCGUGGCGAUGUGGCCGCCGGCGUUGCCCCUGCUGCGCCCUACCUCUGGCAGGGUGACUGCCGCGAGGCGUGCCCCGAGGGCACGGCCCCCGGCCCGGCCGGGGUGUGCUUGGCCUGCCAUCCCACAUGCGCCGAGUGCACCGGGCAACAGGAGACCCAAUGCACCCGCUGCAUCGGGGGGCUGUCCCUCGAUCCGGCCGCCGGCAUGUGUCGCCGACGCUGCCUCGAUGGGACCGUGGCCAUCGACAGCGAAGACCCCCGGGUGGGGGCCCAGUGCCAGCCCUGCCGGGCCGCCGGCUGUGCCGCCUGCCCGCCGGCCGACCUGGAUGCCUGCCUCCGCUGUGCCGGCGGCCUGCUCCUUCACCCCCCCGGCGCCGGGGGGCCCUGUCAAGCGGGCCCCUGUCCGGAGGGGUACUUCACCCUGUCCGGCCGGUGUGAGCCCUGUGCCGCGGGAUGUCGACAAUGCUCCGGCCCGGAGGUUGACCGGUGCGACCUCUGCACCGAUGGCCGUGCCCCCUCCCCCGGGGCCACCUGCCCGGAUGGCAACCGGCCGGGCGCCUGCCUCGAGGGGUACUUCCCCCAAGGGGACGCGUGUGCCCCCUGCGCCAGCACAUGUGCCACGUGUGACGGCCCCUCCGGGCGCCAAUGCACCGGCUGUGCUCCGGGGCUCCUCCUGCAGGAGGGCCAAUGCCGGGCCCGCUGCGCGGCCGGCACCUUCCACCCGGUCUCCCCGGGCCCCGGCGACGGGUCCUCCCACGCGGCCGACUGCCUCCCCUGCGACACCAAUGCCUGCCUCGAGUGCGAGGACUUCGCCGACCGGUGCACCGCCUGCCAUGAGCCCCUCCUGCUUCAUGCCUCGCUGGGGACCUGUGUUGAGGCGUGUCCGGAGGACGGCACGCGCCUUGACGCCCCGCACGGCCGGCGCUGUGUUUCUUGCGACCCCUCCUGCCGGACGUGCCGGCUGAACCCGGACUACCAGGGCGGCGGCCUCGAGGAGGACCCGGACGGACCGCCCGCCGAGCUGUGCCUCGUUUGCCACGAGGCCUUUGAGCUGAUCGACGGGUCGUGCCAUUCCCGCUGUCGGGAUGGCUUCUACAUCUCCAGUCUGGAUGACCGGGGCUCGCCGGUGUGCGCGGCCUGCCCCCACCUGUGCUCCACGUGCGCUCGGAAUCCCAACACCAGCUCCCCGACAGCCAUUUGCGUCACCUGCCUGUCGGACCUGCUCCUGCAUGGCGGCUCCUGCGUCCAGUCCUGCCCGCCGGUGGGCUUUGUGGAAGACACCGAAGGCCGGUCGUGUGUCCCCUGCCAGGACCGCCUGUGCGAUCGCUGCGACCCCCCGGACGGCACCAACUGCCAGCGCUGCAUCCUCAAUGCCUUCCUCCACGAAGGGGUCGGCUGUGUGGAGAGCUGCCCGGCGGGCUUCUUCGGCUCCAGCCCCGAGGGCGCGCCGGGCGUCUGCCUCUCCUGUGCCGAGGGCUGUCUUCAGUGCUCCGGGCGCCGGACUGAUCAAUGUACCAAGUGGAACGAAGAGCGCGAGCUCUACUGGAGGACCAUGGUCAUCGGCGUGUCAGUAGGAUGCUCGAUCCUCCUCUGUUUGAUGCUGGGCACGGUGGUCGUCUAUUUGACUCUUCGCCAGCGCCGCCGGGCCGCCAAGGCCGCCGCCGCCGGGGCUCUCGAGGCGGCUGUCGCUCCGGUUUCCGGGGAGACCUCCCCCACCCCCGAGGCAUCGGCACAUGAGCCCAGCUCGAGCUCCUCGGGCGAACCCUCGGGCCUCUCCGAGCUGGCAGCCACCGCGGCGCCGCCCCCAGAACACCAACCCCCUGUGGAGAUGGAUCAUUCCUCCCAGGCAUUGCACGUUGAUUCGAGCGAUUCGACGCAUUCCACCCGGGAGUAGCGGGGUCCUUUUUGGGGGGCGCCCUCCCCACUUGGAGCAGGAGCACCGCCCCAAUGGCGGAACUUGUGCUACGCCACAAUCGAAAUAAAACACCGCCGACACCGCA